AUGGAGGGGGGCGACGGAGGCGGCGGCGGCGGGUUCGUGAGGGCGGACCAGAUCGACCUGAAGAGCCUGGACGAGCAGCUGGAGCGGCACCUCUCACGGGUCUGGACGCUGGAGAAGAUCAGGAAGCAGGAGGGCGGUGGCGGCAGCCGGGGGCGGUCUGGCGGCGCUGCCAGGGAGAAGCCGGAGUGGGAGAUCGACCCCUCCAAGCUCGUCAUCAAGGGAGCCAUCGCCCGGGGUACCUUCGGCACCGUCCACCGCGGCGUCUACGAAGGCCUCGACGUCGCCGGUGAGUCGCUCUCUCUCUCUCUCUCUCGCUCUACAAUUUUCUGAGACUCCUGGUGGACAGCUCGCUGAAAUCUUGAUUCCUGGGUGUCUCUUCCAUCGUCCUCCAUCGCAGCCAGUGCUUUUAGUUAGCUCCGAGCAUACGCCUCUCCUCUCUGAUUUCUGCGUCUUCGCUUCUGACUUCUACUCAGCUUUUCUUCUUGCUCCGAUCUUCCCCCUCAUCAACAAACCCUGGUUUAUGUUUUGAGAUACGAUGAUCUCUCUCUCUCUCUCUCUCUCUCUCUCUCUCUCUCUCUCUCUCUCUCUCUCUCUCUCUCUCUCUCUCUCUCUCUUCUCUCGCUCUCCGCGGACUUUUUCUGGGGCACAGCUUCGCCGUCCUUUGGGAGUUGGAUUCAGCUCACGUUUCUCUAUAUAUAUCAGCUCAAGGAUAAGCAGUCCCUUCGGUAAUCAUUGACUGAUUAUUAUUCGCUCUGGUUCAACAUCCUCUACCUAAAUUGAGAACCUCUACUUUGACGAUGUGAUCUUAAAAGGGCCGUUAUUCCCAAAACCCAGAGUCAACUCACUGGUGAGACGAAGAAGAAUAAUCUUGGUUUAUACGAGCAAGGGUGUCAUAUUAUGGUGGUGGGAGGGAUAGAUCAGAGUGAGUUGACCAAUAUUCUUGGCCACUUGCCUUGUUCAGUCAAACUGCUGGACUGGGGCGAGGAAGGAGCCAGAACAGAAGCCGAGAUCGCUUCCCUCAGGGCGGCCUUCACUCAGGAGGUUGUUGUCUGGCACAAGCUCGACCAUCUUAAUGUCACCAAGGUACCGAUCUUACUCUGACCAUCCCGCCCCCAUAGAAAAGACUUUGCGUUGUCCUUUUGUCAACCAUGUUCCCGUUCCGGGUUGACUUUUUGUAGGAAAAAAAAAUUAUUAGUGUGAUAAAACCGGAACUUUCCAAACCUGAGCUGCAUUCAUUUCCGCAAAAAUGUGAUAAAACAGUUUGUGGGCGCGAUAAUGGGCGCGACGGACCUGGAAAUUCAGACAGAAUCCGGUCAACUGGGGAUGCCCACCAACAUCUGCUGCGUGGUGGUGGAGUACCUCCCUGGGGGCACCCUGAAGUCGUACCUCAUCAAGAACCGGCGCAGGAAGCUGCCAUUCAAAGUCGUCGUCCAGAUCGCCCUCGACCUCGCCAGAGGGUCAACCUCUCUCUCUCUCUCUCUCUCUCUCUCUCUCUCUCUUCCUUCUGUCUUCGGAGUUGAUGAGCCGCCGUCCUUUUUGCGGCGCAGGCUGAGCUACCUCCACUCGAAGAAGGUCGUCCACCGGGACGUGAAGACCGAGAACAUGCUGAUGGACAAGGCGAGGACCGUGAAGAUCGCUGACUUCGGCGUGGCCCGGCUCGAAGCUCAGAAUCCCAACGACAUGACCGGAGAGACCGGCACUCUCGGUUACAUGGCCCCGGAGGUUUACCUCCACCCGCUUCAGCAUCGUUGACCUAUACCCAUUUUCAGCAUCGUUGACCUCUAUCUGGUCUCUGACGCGGGUUGACUCUUCUGGGUCGCCUUCAGGUGCUCAACGGCCACCCCUACAACAGGAAGUGCGACGUCUACAGCUUUGGGAUCUGCCUGUGGGAGAUCUACUGCUGCGACAUGCCCUACCCGGACCUCACCUUCGCCGAGGUCUCCUCUGCCGUCGUCCGGCAGGUGCGCUGACCUCUUUAUGCUCCUCCAAUCUUCAUUUUUAGAUGCGAUCUUUAAGCUCUUUGAGCCUUUUUAGGUGCAUUGACUUUUUAUGCUGCUGCAAUUUUUUAGAUGCGUUGACCUUUUUCACCGUUUCCAAAUAUCUGCUUUAGAUGCAGUCUUUUAAGUCCUAUGAGCUUUUUUAGAUGCAUUAACCUAUCUUGCUUUUCCAAUUCUCAUAUUUAGAUGCGAUCUUUAAGAGCUUUUCUGAGCUCUUUUAGAUGCGUUGACUUUUGUUAUGAAAAAUUAUUGGAUAAGUUGACCUUCCUGCUUCUCCAAAUCCCAUUUUUUUCCAGAUGCGAUCUUAUACUGCUUCGAGAUUUGUUAGGUGAGUUGACUUUUUUUCCUUUUGCUGCUUCGAUUCUGUCAGAACCUGCGGCCGGAGAUCCCUCGGUGCUGCCCGAGCUCGCUGGGGAACGUGAUGAAGAGGUGCUGGGACGCGAACCCGGACCGCCGGCCGGAGAUGGACGAGGUGGUGGCGAUCUUGGAGGCCAUCGACACCACCAAAGGCGGCGGCAUGAUCGCCGACGACCAGCAGCGGAGCUGCCUCUGUUUACGCCGGACCCGAGGCCCUUAG